AGGUGACAGCGGGAAGGUCCGCGCCUUGGGAGGCAGCGGCGCCGCGAAACCUCGGUCCUCCUCCCGCCGCCCGCGCUCCCCUCUCCGGCCCGCACGAUGCUGGCGGCGCAGCGGCUUGUGCGGGGGGCGCUCUCCUCCAGGAGUCUGGCCCGGCUUACCUUCCAGGAGGUGGGGACAGCGACCCCCAAGAAAACAACAUAUGGGUCCUUGAAGGACGAGGACCGGAUCUUUACCAACCUGUACGGCCGCCAUGACUGGAGGCUAAAAGGGGCCCUGAGUCGGGGUGACUGGUAUAAGACCAAGGAGAUCCUGCUGAAGGGGCCCGACUGGAUCCUGGGCGAGAUCAAGACCUCGGGCCUGCGGGGCCGCGGGGGGGCCGGCUUCCCCACCGGCCUCAAGUGGAGCUUCAUGAACAAGCCGUCUGACGGCAGGCCAAAAUACCUGGUGGUGAAUGCGGACGAGGGGGAGCCGGGGACCUGCAAGGACCGCGAGAUCAUGCGGCACGACCCCCACAAGCUGGUGGAGGGCUGCCUGAUCGGGGGCCGGGCCAUGGGUGCCCGCGCCGCCUACAUCUACAUCCGGGGCGAGUUCUACAACGAGGCCUCCAACCUGCAGGUGGCCAUCCGGGAGGCCUACGAGGCCGGGCUGAUCGGCAAGAACGCCUGCGGGUCCGGCUACGACUUCGACGUGUUUGUGGUGCGCGGGGCCGGGGCCUACAUCUGCGGGGAGGAGACGGCGCUCAUCGAGUCCAUCGAGGGCAAGCAGGGCAAGCCCCGCCUCAAGCCGCCGUUCCCUGCGGACGUGGGCGUGUUCGGCUGCCCCACCACCGUGGCCAACGUGGAGACCGUGGCCGUGUCCCCCACCAUCUGCCGCCGCGGCGGGUCCUGGUUUGCCAGCUUUGGCCGGGAGCGGAACUCGGGCACGAAACUCUUUAACAUCUCGGGCCACGUCAACUACCCCUGCACCGUGGAGGAGGAGAUGUCGGUGCCGCUCAAGGAGCUGAUCGAGAAGCACGCGGGUGGUGUGACCGGAGGCUGGGACAACCUGCUGGCGGUGAUCCCCGGGGGCUCCUCUACCCCUCUCAUCCCCAAGUCUGUUUGCGAGACGGUCCUGAUGGACUUCGAUGGGCUGAUUCAAGCGCAGACGGGGCUGGGGACGGCCGCCGUCAUCGUCAUGAACCGAUCGACAGACAUCGUGAAAGCCAUCGCCCGCCUCAUCGAGUUCUACAAACACGAGAGCUGUGGCCAGUGCACGCCUUGUCGGGAGGGUGUGGACUGGAUGAACAAAGUGAUGUGGCGGUUCGUCAAGGGGGACGCCCGCGUGUCUGAGAUCGAUGCCCUCUGGGAGAUCAGCAAGCAGAUUGAGGGCCACACCAUCUGUGCCCUGGGCGAUGGGGCCGCCUGGCCUGUGCAGGGCCUGAUCCGCCACUUUCGCCCCGAGCUCGAGGACCGGAUGCACCGGUUUGCCAAGGGCUACUCGGCCCGCCAGGCGGCCUAGGCCGGAGCCCGCCACCCUCCUCCCCCUUCCCGUCCUGGUUUGUGUGAAUAAAGUCAGGGCUGCCCUCGGGCCGCUCCUGAGUCUCUAUUUA